CUCACAUCCGGGAGCCCUCCAUUUUCUGUCGGUCGUCUUGCUGGUGCGGUCGUGGUGAAAUAAUCGUUAGUGAAGAAUCGGUCUCAUGUCGUACUGUAUCGUUCCGUGUAGAACUUGAGAAUAGCAAAAGCAGCAAAGAAACUAGACGAAGGGCAAGAAGGGAGAACGACAAAGAAAGAGAGUUUGAAGAGCUAAAGAAAUAGAGAAAUAUAAAUACUAACGUUUGUUAAUACUUAAAAAAAAAGAUCUCCCUAGCCGUACGUUGUAAAUACAUAGAAAGUUUAAUCGCGUACUCCUCGAUAUUCCUCGUGUGCUAAUGCGUGGCAUUUCAGAAAGCUCCCCAAGUCGCACAAUGGCGGAGGACUUGGAUGUCGAGGCAAUGCUGGAGGCGCCAUACAAAAAGGGGAUGGAGCAGGACUCCUCGUCCAAAGACAAGUCCUCCAAGGAGAAUGGGUCUGGCCGCAAGUCAUCUGGGAAAAGCAAGCAUCGCUCUCGUUCCCGUUCACGAUCACGAGAUCGGCGUGACAAAGAUCGGCGUGAUCGCGAUCGCGACAGGGAUAGGGAUCGUGACAGAGAAAGGGAUCGUGAUCGAAAGCGAAAAUCUAGAUCACGGGAGAGACGAGACCGAGAUAGAGAUCGCGAUGGCGAUCGUGAUCGCGACAGGCGAGACAGAGAUCGUGAGAGGAGAAGAAAACGAUCUUUGACGCCGAUCACUCUUCCAAGAGCCCGACCACCAUUUGGAAAAGGAGUAAGCCCUCUUGGAAUAAAUGAUGAGCUGACACCUGAGGAACGUGAUGCGCGUACUGUUUUCUGCAUGCAACUGAGUCAGCGCAUUCGAGCACGUGAUCUUGAAGAAUUUUUCUCAAGCGUUGGCAAAGUUCAAGAUGUCAGACUCAUUACAUGUAACAAGACCAGGCGCUUCAAGGGUAUUGCAUAUGUGGAGUUCAAAGAUCCUGAAAGUGUUACACUGGCUUUGGGAUUAUCGGGACAGAAACUCUUGGGUGUUCCCAUCGUGGUGCAGCACACACAGGCGGAAAAGAAUCGCAUGGGAAACUCUAUGCCCAAUUUAAUGCCCAAGGGCCAGACAGGUCCCAUGCGACUUUACGUAGGAUCUCUGCACUUUAACAUUACCGAGGAUAUGUUACGUGGAAUAUUUGAGCCGUUCGGUAAGAUCGACAAUAUUCAGUUAAUCAUGGAUCCCGAGACUGGACGAAGCAAAGGUUACGGAUUUUUAACGUUCAGGAAUGCUGACGAUGCGAAAAAGGCGUUGGAACAGUUAAAUGGUUUUGAAUUAGCUGGUAGACCUAUGAAAGUUGGCAAUGUAACAGAAAGAACAGAUCUGAUUCAAGGGCCUUCAUUAUUGGACACCGAUGAAUUAGAUCGAAGUGGAAUUGAUCUUGGUGCAACUGGCCGGUUGCAAUUAAUGUUCAAACUAGCUGAAGGAACUGGACUAGAGAUUCCUCCAGCAGCAGCGAAUGCCUUAAAUAUGGCUCCAGUAAUGGCUGCGCCGCAACCUCCACCACAGGCCGCACCUCCCAUAGCCACACAGUGCUUUAUGCUUUCCAACAUGUUCGAUCCUCAAAAUGAAACUAAUCCAAACUGGGCAAAGGAGAUACGAGAUGAUGUGAUUGAAGAGUGUAACAAACAUGGUGGUGUGUUACACGUGUAUGUGGAUCAAGCUUCACCACAAGGCAACGUAUAUGUCAAGUGUCCAUCUAUCGCAACGGCAGUAGCUGCAGUUAAUUCGUUACACGGCAGAUGGUUUGCCGGUCGUGUUAUAACAGCUGCUUAUGUGCCUGUUGUCAAUUAUCAUUCGUUAUUCCCAGACGCAAUGACAGCAUUGCAAUUACUUGCACCAAGUGCACCAAGAAGAGGGAUGUGAUCUUGAAUAUAACUGUUAUGCGCUGAUUUAACAUAGACUCCUUUGUAGUUCUCGGAUAUUCCGGUUUCUCUUCAGUAUCUCUGGUAUUACACAUUGGUGUUUCCGUGCGCGUAGGUACAGAUUUGUCAAAUUGAGAAUAUACCGAAAGCGAAGACAGAAUAAUGAUAAAGGUAAUACACGAAAAACAGUCGAUUAACCGCAAGAAAAGAGGAAGUGACGCGUCAAACUGUUAAAAAAGCAUGACAUGCGUUUUUUCAUUUUUUUUUGCUUCCACCUAGAGGGAAGCUAUUUUUUUUAAUAAAUAGCAAGUCUGUGAAAAGUGAAUUUCUUUUUUUAAUUUUUUAGACCCUGUGGUCAACUGAAAUUAGUUGCGAUUAGAAGUGCUGCGAAUAUAGAAACUCCGAGAAAUAUUUCAGGGCUAAAUGAAAACAUCAAGUUUUUCCAUCAUCUUCUUCGUAUCUAUAAAGAGUUAAUUUUCUUAACGUUGCAAUUUUUGAAUUCUUUUUUUUUCAUUUUACAUAUGUAACUAGUAUCAAGUAUUAUUUUCAAUAUCAAAUUUAUUCAUCUUGAUUGAUUAAGGGUUAAGUGAAUGUUAGACACGCCCAUGACGUAGUUCGCACUAAUCAUUAUUGAGAGAAGCAAGUGCCGCGGUUUAUGAUUUGUGGUUUCAAAUUGGAGUAUUAACUUCGGAGAAUACAUAGGAUAUCUUAAGAUUUUUUACAAGCGUGUGUUGCAAAUAUUCGAAUACUUCGAGGCCUGCAGAGAAGUUCGCGCUUGUCUUUCGUACACAUGCGACGUGGAUUGUUUCUAUUUUUGAAAUAAUCAGCGUGCUACGAAAAUCGAGGUAAACGUUUCGAAAGAAUGUGAAGGAAACAAAUUAUCUCAGUGAUUCUUCAGUGUUAUCGCUCUUUCUAGAUUAGAAGAUGACGACAGAUGUCUCUUGUAAAAGGGUAUGAUAUUUUUGUUUUAUUAUGCUGGCAUUGAUUGUCCAGUCCUAGUGACAUCUGCGGUCCUCUUACUCAUCCUCUUUCGUUUUUUUCAUAUUUAAGUCAUGGAGGGAGGGAUAGUCUGUAUAUAAGUUUUGUAAAUUAACUCAAAAGCGUUAGAGAAGUAGAAAGUAAUGUAACGUUACUCCACUUGUAACACUUCAUAUUACCAAAAUAUGGAUGUAUACUUUAUGAUGUUAUAAAUGAAAGUAAUGUGUAUAAAAAUAACA